GCUUCGCAACGACUAGCGACGGCUCGAUCGGUUUAGUUCUUCGCGCUGAAUUCGAGCAUUCGAAACGCUGUACAUUUCUUCUUCCUACAAUGGCAAGAAGCGAGGAUCUCCAAAACUCGAGAAUCGGUCUGUAUCGCGAACAGUCGAUUCCGACGAAGCGACUUUAGAAUCGUUCGAACGAUGGAUGGGCAGGGUCCCGAGGCCAGCGCGAACCGCCACACGGAUCGGAUCCCCCCGUCGCGCCUCGCCGCGGCGUCUGCCGUCCGCGUUCGUCGCCUUUCUCUCCGGCUGUCCGGCUCUCCGGCUCUCCUACCGUUCGAGGCCCCGUAAGAGAGGCCCCAUUCAGAGUCUCCGUCGCUCUCUUCGGUCUCGACCGCCGUUCGGGCCCGCUCGGUUCCCUUACCUGCGUGCUCGGGGAGACCCGGGCCUGGAAUAGAGACAGCCAUCUUGAGGUGUACGCCGUGCGCGCAACAACCGUGGCCUCGCGCUCUCGCCGUCCACGUCCGCUCGAACGCGUAUUUUCUACUCCGUCGAGGCGAGAUCAGCCGCGUAAACUCGCGCCGCCGUGCAACCAGAUGCGACCGAUCGACGAGGCAACAUCUGUCGCGGUUUCCGGGCACCUCGGUGCAACCCUCGGUGCAACCAACGGUGCAACAACCCUUCGGCCCGAGCGCGUCCACGAAGUUCCCGGCGAACGGUGGAUAUCGGACAGCCGUCGCGGCGUCGCGUCGAUGGUUUCGACGGUGUCUCGAAGUUGAAACGGAUACCGCGAGAGAGAGAGAGAGAGAGAGAGAGAGAGGAGGAGGAGGAGGAGGUGCGCGCCUGCCGCCUGGAUUUAACCUUCGUUAGCGAUCGCGCAGUGAUUCUCAAACGUUCGAAAAAGUCUCUUCAGGAUCCAGGAAAUCGUCGGAAAUUCCAGCGAUUCGUGUUCCUCGGUAGACUCUGGACUCAGAAUGGGCUCGAAGAUAGAGUACGUGGAGUCCUCUCACAUGUACGCGACGAAUUACAUUCGCAAUUCGAAGGCGAUCGGCGUCCUAUGGGGCAUAUUCACCAUAUGCUACGCCAUAAUCGGCGUCGUGGCUUUCGUCACGCCGGAAUGGCUCGGCGACCUGGAACACGAGAACCCCGGCAGGUUCGGUCUUUGGACCCGGUGCAGCUACGGCGGUAACGGUGAACUCGGAGAGGAGUGCAUCGGAAGACUGGACGAUCUAUCGACGAUCGUGAACGUCCCGUUCAGGGCGAGCACGAUUCUGGUAGGCGUCGCUGUCGUGAUAGCAUUGUUGACGAUUUGCGCGAUGCUUCUGUUCUUCUUCUGCCAAAGCACCACCGUGUUCUACCUCUGCGCCUGGAUGCAGGUCGUGUCAGCGAUAUCCAUGGCGAUCGGAGUCUGCGUUUAUCCGCUCGGCUGGGAUUCGCCGAUAAUACGAGCCGUCUGCGGCGCAGCCGCGUCCAGAUACAAUCCAGGGGCUUGCGCCGUUAGAUGGGCGAUACCGUUGGCCGCGAUCGCGGCACUGGACGCCGCUACCUUGGCAGCGCUCGCUUUCAUUUUGGCGUCGAGGCACGUCAGGUUGCAGCCCGAGCCCUUCAACAACGGCUCCCUCUACAAAGGCGAGGUGAAUCCGGGAUACGUGAACGAGGCGCAGAGCGUCGCAGGAUCCCGGAAGUCGUUGUCGUUGAGACCGGUGCUGCUGGUAGCGCCGCCGGAACAGGACCGCUACAGCGAGCUGUCCAGAGCGAAAUCCCAUUCUCAUCACAGCCUCUACACCCCCGCGCCCUCCCAUCCGGCGCACACGAUGUCAACGAACACCUUGAACCAUUCCCAACACAAUUUCCAAUUGUAGGAUUUAAUUACCGACGAGAGAACACGACGUUACCCCCGCCGCUGCGAUCGAACGACCUUUCGAGCGGCUCGCCGACCGUCGUCCACGGUCGCGGAUUUAUUUUCCACCCGCGAGACGCUUUCAAGGUGCACGCUUCUCUAUGGGAUCCGUUAGCGAUCGCUCUCUAACUUUGGCGCACCGUUCGCACCGUUCGCACCGAUCGCAUCGAUCGCACCGAUCGCGGCACGGAUACUCUCCGAACGACGACGGAAUUUCUAACGAUGUCGAGAGACUACGACGAAGCCGAACAGAUUUUUAACGCGCCACGGUUCGCGCGAACUUGGCGCGUUCUCGGCGUUUCCGCGGUCACCGUUAUUCCGCUGUAAUAACAACGACGAAGAAACGUAAACGCGAACCCUCGCGCACCGUGUACUCGGGUAAAGACUAAAUACGUGCUACGCGUACAGCGACUACGGUAAACCGGAUAACCGGAUAGUUCGCGAUGCGACAACUUUGAUACUCCGGGUCGGAGCGGGCCCGAGCACUGCCGUCCAAGGAAUAUAACUCGUGGAAAAAAACAAUCGCGACUUGCAAUAAUUGUACAUAUACCACUAUACAGCACUUGCACGUAAUAUUCGUCGAACGCGCGAGAGACCCUGGUUCGCGCGUUGUAUAUAAGGGUUGCCGUAAUCGGCGUUUUCUACUUUCUAAUCGUAAGGAUCGUGCCCCUUCGAGAAGAAAUAAGACGUUAUUUCUCUGUAAAAAUGUUGGCAAAUGUAAAACUCGCAAAGUUUCGCAGUCCUCUACUAUGCUAUACCAUACUACAAUAUACAAUACUAUACUAUA